AUGGAGCACUUCUGUCCUUACAACUACAUCUUUGGUCGAUAUUUCACUGAUACCUGCAGAGGAGAAUGCCCUCUUGGAGAACAUAGAAUUACCUCCAGGGAUCAUCACAAGUUCCUGCGGUGUUUCAUACGCGUGAGCAACCUGCCGCCUGGAUUCAGGUUGUGGGACCUCGAGGAUCUCUUCAGCCCUUUCGGGCCGCUGCUGAUGUGGGAUGUUCCCAGGUUCAACAAUGACAUGUGUGGCUGCACGACUGAAAUUCGCAUGAGCUUCGGUUUUGCUGUCUUCAAGAGACGUGAGGAUGGGGAGAGGGCUGUCCACGAGCUCAAUGGCUAUGAGGCCGGUGGCCGGAUGCUGCGAGUUGACUGGGUUUACCCUUCUUGUGUGUAG